CGCCAGCGUGCAUCGUGGCGCGAGCGGUACCUCGUCCACGGAGGAGUAGGUGAAUGCUGCGCAAUAGACGUAGGCGUGCGUAUUGAGUGGCUCCCAUCAGUGGCUUUACAACUGCGCAAUAGGAAAUCUGAAUCACUCAUCCCGACUGUUUCGCUCCUCAAAAUGUUUUCCAUCUUCGUUUGUCAGAGGUAAGCGAGAGGGGCAGUCAUCGAUAGCUACACUCUGCCAGGCUGUUUGUUUGUUAGGCUAUUUGCAUUUUAUUUAAGCGACGGACCUUGUCUUAAUUCAGAAGCUUCUCUCUGCGCCAUAACUUGAUUAUUGAAAAUCUUACAUAAUGCAGUUGAAAAGCCAACGGUCAAUUAUAUUUCACUCAUAAUGUGCAUGAGAAGGGAUAUAUAAGUAUCUACAAUUAAGCUAUAGAAAUGUAGGCUACUUGUUCAAGUUACAUAAAACUAGGAAUUUAGACUAUAAUGCCAACACAUUGUAUUCUAGGCUACUGGGCGAUCCACCUCUGUGGUUUUAUUUUAGUGUGUCAAUUUAGUUAAUCAUGUUUCUAAAGUUCCCCCCCCAAAAUAUAACUUUUAGAGGACUGUUUUUUUUUUUUUUAAAUAAAUUAGUUGGCUAUUACUUACCCAUUUUAUGAAUUCAUUACCAUUCUCAAUAUGUCCACUUGGUUCUGUAAAUAUGGUGUCUUAUUAUCACGUUUAAAUCCCACGUGAAGUUGCGGCGGGAAUUGGGAAAUAAACUGAAUGCGGAAUUGGCAUAUUCCCACUCAAUCGCUCUCUCUCACACACACACACACACACACACACACACACACACACACACACUCACUGAAAUAUUCCCAAUUUGUUUCACUAGUUUCUGUGAUGCAAUAUGGAUUAUUGUCCACAAGGUGGAGAUAUCUGUACAUGGAUGAUAUAGAAGCCUACUUUUGUGUGGAGGUCUAUGAUUCAUUUUCAUACAGUUACAUGUAGGUCUGUUUAGUGUAGAUCAUUGCAUGUGUUAUGGAUUAUUGUCUAAUGUAGAUUAUUACAUUUUAUUUGCAAUUAAUGGUUGUAAUUCACUAGUAAUUAACUAUAUUUUUCAGGGUUUGGUUAUUGGCCAGUUGAGCCAUAAUGAAUUUUCCUAAUAAGAUACUAGAUCAUGUACCUUCAGUCAGUACUAAUCUAAUCAGGUCUCAAUUUAGUACUUCUCUAUGUGUUUGUCAUAUAACAUUGACUCCAGGGUGGUGAUCAGUGGGGUUACAGAACGUUCAGAUGAAUGGUACUUGGAACAGACAUGAUGAUUCUGUCAUGUAGAAAUGGUGCCCUCCUGAACAUGAGCCAGCUCUCAAUCUGUGUUACUCUCUGAUUAAAUAAUCAAUGCAGUGUUUGCUCUAUUCAGUUGCAUGCUAUUAACACAUGCUAAUAGGUUUUUCAUUUCUCUUGACAGUGGGUGGUGGCAGGUAACGAGAGGUGAAAAAUGGCACAGCCUUUGUAGACACCCUAUCAGACACCUACAAUUGAGUAGCACUUUCUGUUGGCCAAUAGCAGAGAGCGAUGCAUCCACACCUAGGACAAGGGUGUGCCAUAGGAGAAGAGGACAGAAGAUGAAGUGUCAGCUGUAGCCAAUGGAAGCCAUGGUUUGAUUGACUUGCAGAAGAUGAACGUCCAACAAAGCCAAUAGCCAACAAGAUGAGGUGGGUUUCCAAAUCUGCUCAGCCAAUGGGAAGGGAGAUAGCUCAACCAAAUUAUGAAUAAUUCAAAUAGUCUAUGAGCUCGAAGAGAUUGUCUGGUCCAUAUUCCUGUAUACAUAGCCACAGCCACUAUUUGCAUUGAUAACCAAAAUAAAUAACACCAUGAUAGUAAAUCGAACAUGAUCUUCAAAUCAUCUCUUGCUACAAGUCUCAAUGCUUCGAUUACAAUCGAUUCACCUCAACAGAUUCUGAAUGCACAGCAUUGUACCAUCCUUAUUAUGCAGCCACAGCACACACCAUGGCAGCCACUAUGCUGUAUGCAGUAUGUAUAGUGUAUACAAAUAAGUAGGCAGUGAUUUUGCUUUUCAAGAUGCCCCAGUGGUAGAGGGGGCACACAGCAUGCAAACUGUGUGUAUGUGUGAGAGCAGGGGCGAGGGUCCAUGUUACACGAUUCGUACAUGGAGGGUGUAAUGUUCAGUUUCCAUGGUGAAAAUGGAAUCCAGCUCUGUGGCAGUGCCUGCUGAUUGGCUGAUAUGGCCACAUGGGGUUGUGCUGUGAGCAGAUGGCUGGCCAAUGGGGUAGAGACAGCGUUGGGGCUGUUGCUAAGGGGAGUCAGCUGGACUCUUCGGAAUACUCUCUCUCUCUCUCUCUCUCGCUCUCUCUCUCUCUCUUGCGCUCCUCUCUUGCUCUUCUCUCUCUAGCUCCCUCUGUGUUUUUCACGGACUCACCCUCUCUCUCUCUCUCUCUCUCUCUCUCUCUCUCUCUCUUGCGCACCUCUCUUGCUCUUCUCUCUCUAGCUCCCUCUGUGUUUUUCACAGACUCACCCUCUCUCUCUCUCUCUCUCUCUCUCUCUCUCUCUCUCAGCUCUGUCCUUCAGACUGUCUGUGUCUAUCCACUGCUCUUACUCUCUCUGUGUCUCUGGUGUAUUGGUUGAUUAAGGGUGAGGUGAGGAGAGGGGGCCAGUGAGAAGCAGCUCUACUGGCUGUGGGCUUUGAGUCACGUAGGCAAGACCCUCCCAACAUAAACCCAAUGCCCCCUACCCCACCUCCCCCGGAUCAUGUCAGCUGACUUCCUGUGGGUCCAGUGCUGGGGUCCAGUGCUGCUGGCCUGGUUAGUCAUCCACUACGACUCAUUGGUCGUCCCUCAUUCUAAUGUCUAUCUGCCAGAACCACGCACAUAAUCACCACUCUCCUGAUUAAUCACACAGACAUCAAUUAUUACACACAUCAGAGCUCAGUCUGCGCAGCAUCCUACUUUGCCAAUAUGACUCUAUAUUCCUCCAAUAUAUUAUCAUUAAGAUGAUACAGUAUGACAUGUUUCUGUCCAUUUUCGGCGAAUGACUUAUCGUCACACAUAUAAUGUCUUACCCUCUGACAUAAUUGAAAUCCCAGUCAUUCCAUGGCACUAUUGCUCUCUUGUGGCACUUUUAAACUGAAGGUUUUGUGAGCUCAUGUCGAAUUCAAGGCAUGUGAGUUUAAUGUCUGAAACAAAAUGCUUGUGUCAUACAGUAUGGAGGGAGAGAGUCAGUCCACCUGAUUGGAGCACAAUGCAACUGAUUCCAACAUUUGAAUAGAGUAAGGGGAGAGUAGGAGUAUUACUGACAGUGCUUAGAGGGCAAGUUCAUAACUAUCAAUCCAUUAAUGGAAACCUUUACAGUUGCCAGUGAUACGUAUGGAGUAUGCUGUACGAUUUGGGGAAUAUCUGCCAGAGAGAAAAUGGAGUCUUUGCUACCUCACUGUGGUGGUUUAAAAAUAGCUUCUAGUUCUGUUGGCCUUAUUCCAAAACACACACACACACACACACACACAGAGAGAGAGACACCCCCCUCUAUCUUUCACUCUGUCUUUGUCCCCUCCUCCUGUUUAGUGUAGGAGGAUUGACAUGAGACCCUCCUCCCUUAUUGGCUGGUGUGAAUUAAAUGGCGGUGUGGGGGCCCGCCCCUCAGGUCUCUGCACGUGGAUCAGUCUGCUGUUCGAGCCUGAGUAUCAGAGGAGAGGAAACCAGGAGAAGAGGAGAGGGAAGAGCGGAAGAGGAGAGGAUUGGGGGAGGAAAGAGGGAAAGGGAGAGGAGCCGAGGGGUGUGGAGCAGAAAGAACGAAUAAAAGAACAGAAAAAAAAGGAAAGAACAGGUAAAACAAGGAGAGUGUGUCUGUCUGUUUCUUUGUGUUACUGUACAGAAGGUGUGCAAUUGUGUAUGCAUUUGUGCAAAUAAUGUUAUGGUGCAUGUGUUAGGACAUGUCUUUGUGUUGAUAUCUGACUACUGCACAGAGGGUGUACUAAGCUGUGUGUCUGCAGCUUGUGCAGCACAGUUAUGCAGUACACACACACUGUACAUAAACACAGUCAGCUGAUUUGUAAUUGAUUUUUUUUUUUGAGUAAUGGUUAUUCCUGUAGUGUUAGUCUCUUUAAGCCUCUGUUUAGACUCAGGCUUUAACUUGUGCUUUAGAGCAAUGCAGUGUUUGGUCCGUGUUGAUGUGUGAGUUUGGUUGCUGUGAUACAGUAGUAAAACAGAGAGUAACCUUAUAUUUCCGUGCUGGAGUGAGUCCAAUGAUUGCAGCGCGUGACCUUGUGUCAAUAGAAAGCUUUCCGAUAGGGAGUGCUGCUUGUCAGUUUAUUGCUAAACAAUGUUAUUGUAUUCUGAUUUGUAUUUUAUUCAUGACAAUGCAGACCUUUUUAGAUUCAAGCUUGCCAGGGGUUUUCCAAGUGUGCAGAGCCCAAACAGGGAGCCUGGUAUUGGGAUAACGACACUUGUGUCCUCCUUUUGCUAAAAAUGGCCAAGCAUUGUCGACCCACAUUUAGUGCAGUAUUUAUACAGUACAGUGACUCACUCUCCUCUGGCAGCUGCAAAUAGAAGGAGUAAAGAGCAGCCUUGUUUGCCCUUGCUAAGUCACAACAACGCACCCAUGUGGAUACAAACACAUACUAACACACUAACACACACACUCUGGGCAUCAGGCAGUGUUUCUUCUGUGGGCCACCACUGGUCACCAACCAGUACACCCAACCACUUGACCAUGCUGUUCUAUUAUGAGGUUAAUGUUGAGCACACACACCAGCUGCCUGUUUUCCUCCCAAAUAGGUUCCAGGUGGUCGGAUUGGUCCGUGUGCGUUUCAUUGGAGGAAUUUAGUGGUAAAUCUUUGUCUUUGUUCUGAGAGACUCAGUAGUAGGCCGGGGUUAGAGGUCAGGGGUGAGGGGUCAGUGUGAGAGCUUUCUGAUGAGGUCCCAGCCCCCUCAACCGCCCUGCGGGGUCACAGAUCAUUCAGUUCCUGCCCUGCUGAUGCACGUGCCUAGUGAUGAUCUCCAUGACAACCAGUCCUCUACACAUACUAGCACAGACACGCUCUCUCUGACACACAUUAACGCACACACGCGCAGACACACACUCACUCACUAACACACAACCACACACACACACUCCUUCAUUGCUGUCGUCUUUGAAAUGCCACCUGGUCUGUUGGUAUCGUUUGCAAAAAAAGACGCCCCCCCUCCAGCCCCCCUGUUCCAAGCCUGCAGUGGUACAUUCCAGUACUCCUCUGAGGUCUGUGCAUACAGAGGGAGAAGCCUCCAUUUUGGAGAGAAAGAGAAGGUAGAGGAGGGGAGGGCUGUGAGGUUAUAAAAAGUUAUUUUUAGAAAAGCAAUUUAUAUUAAUCUCAUACUUUCUGCUUUGUGUCAACUCAGGUCAGCCUUUUACAUUUUCUUACAGACAUUGAGUACCUACAGUAGGCUACAUACACAUCAGUGUCUCUGUCUGUUAACCUGUGGAUGUGACGCUGUAUGUGUCAGUGUCCAUUUGUCUGUUUGCUACCCUGUCAGUCUUUAUUCCAGGUUGAUUUGUGUAGUUGUGUUUUGUAGGUGUGACUGAGAAGUGAUGUCUCCCUCUUCUCUUAGUUCUCUUUCUCAAUUUUUCUCUAUGUAUCUAAAUGCUCCACAUGUUCAACUGGGAAUGGGAGUUGGGUAUCAGAGCCAGGUCUGGUGUGGUAUGGUGGUGCAGCCCAUCCCCCCCCCCCCCCCCCGAUAUAAGAUAGGAUCAGUGUGGUGCUUCCUGCCUCCCACUCCACUAAGCAGCUUAGUGACCUCUGUCUGUCUGUGUGACUGCACUGAUUGUAGAGGCUCCGCCAUGUUCACCCACACAGAGGGAUGCACGUCUGCACUGGGUUACUAUGCCACCAGCAGGCUGAUGCAAACAGUGUUCAAUGUGUGUCAAUGUAGAGUAACAGGGUGAGGAUUAUUGCUGUAUUGGAAUAUGUUGUCUCUGCCUCUUUGAUUGAGGGACACUACUGUUCUUGUGUCAGUUGCAGAUAAGUUGAAAGGCAGGGUUUGACAGUGCAAAGACAUUCUGCUCUAAUGUCAACAUUUUUGCUAACUUCAAGACUCUAGAGACCGCAGAAGGAUUACAGGGAUUAUAUAUGCUUCUAUUGAGGCAACUCAAAUUUGAGAAUUGUAAGCAUAUGACUCCCAUUGUCAGAAGACUAUUGUGCAUGGUAUUAUUCUGCACCUUUUCAAGCAGGCUGGUUGAUAACUGAGGCAAGCAUGUCUGCUAAUCUGGAGAGGUUAGUUAGUUACUUCCUGUUGGUUCUGGGGGAGAGGACGGGGCAGUCUCACCCCUGGGGCUGACACCUGACUGGAGAGAGGAGAGAUGGGAAGGAGGAGAGGGAAAAGAUAGAGGAUGAGGAGGCGUUUACUCGAUCAUGAUUAUUCAGUACAGGAACUAGGGUUGGGCGGUAUCCAGAUGUUCAUACCGUCAAACCGUUUCUGUACCAUACCGAGUUAUACGGUAUUAACGGAAGUGCACACGAGGGGCGCUAUUUUCUUUGUUGAUGCCCCAAACAAUUCAGGCAACAGGGAUCUUCCUCCAAGAGUGAAUUGAAUGUUUCUGCUGUAACUAAAAAGCUUGAUCUUGACAUCUAGCCACUUAGCUAGCAAGUUAGCAAACCAAAUGCAUAGCUGGAGCCCUGAGCUGGAUAUAAUGUAUUUGAUACAUCUUAGAUUCCAGUUAUAAAACGGGAUUGAAAAUCAUACCGUCGGUAUUUGUAAAUACUCCGUUAUACAGUAUAACUGAUAUAAGGUCCAAGCCUAAAAUGAACGUAACUAUUAAGUCAGUGGAGAAGCAGGGCUUCUUGUCUUUAAGAUCUGCAGCAGCAGGGGAUCUUCAAUUCUUUAUGAACAUCUUAAGGCCUAUAUCACAGUUUUAAAGGUGACUUAUUCUCUCAGAUUUUCUUCUUCCAAAGCAGAUGUUAAAAAGAUGCAUUAUUAAUAACAUAUUUUAGACUUGUUUCCCUUCACAGAACAGCAUCGGAAUUAAUUAAUGGGUAUUGAGUAAUAGUAAUGAGAAUGUCAUAAUAACAAUGGCAUUGACAUUUGUAUAUCUCAAGGGCCAUUCACACACAAACACACACAGUCUGAGAGAGCGAGACAUGCACAAUCACACAUUCCCUCUGCACUCAACUCCACACACUGUGGUAAUUGAUCUAAUUGAAAAACAAGUCAGUCGCCAGAGGGGAUACAAACCUUCCUUAUGCUUUCAUUUCCCGACAAGCUGAUGUAUGCAUGAACAAACACACAAACGUACAAACACACACACACACACACACACACACACACACAGCAGGGGAAUACAGAUAGUCAGGUGCAGCCCUCACACACAAGAAAAUGUGUCUCGUUAAGGGAGAGUCUUGCUCUGGGGUAAAUUAUAUCAUUGGUUGCUAAGGAUACAGGACACAGUGUGUGAGUAAGAGAGGGAAAGAGGGAGACAGAGUGAGUAGCAGACACGUGGAGGGAGAUAGUAAGUGGGAGAGCGAGUGAGAGAAAGAGAGUGAGAGAAGGAGGGAGGUGGAGAAUAAUCAGUCUUGUUGAACUGGGUCUGGAGUAGGAGAGGUGAUAGGGGAGGGGCCAGAGAGAGGAAGGCAAAAAUAAAUUAAAUCUGACUGGCUGGUCAAAGGGGGCUGGGCCAUCCUUUCCCUCUCAGCUUUCUCUACUGAGCCAUUCCUUCCCUUCCCUUUGUUUGUCUACUGAGGGGAGAAACGCCACAGAGAACAGUGUGUAUGACAGAGAGGGAGUGAGAGGGAAAGAGGGGGGAGAGGGAAGGACAAGAGAGGAAUGAGGAGAUGGAAGAAUGGAAUAGAGAUACAUACUUUCUUUUCAGACAAUAACCCCUUUCAUGUUCUCACGUGUCCUACCUGACAGUGGUUUCUCCUCCCUCUCGCCUGUGUGUGUGUGUGUGUGUGUGUGUGUGUGUGUGUGUGUGUGUAUGGAUUUGUGUGUGCCGGCUAGCAGAGGGAGUGGAUGCCCGUUCUGUUUAACAGGACUUCAGGCUGAAGCUGAAGUGGGCAGCUGUCUCUCUCCCUGAGUGAGUGGCAUCUUCACACCGAGACCACAGAGACGGUCUCCCCUCCUCCCUCUCUCUCUCACAGCACUCAGCAGCAAGGUAAGACUAGAAUAAUCCUUCACCUCUCACAUAUACACACACACACACACAUACAAUACACAUUCACAUACACAUUCACAUACACAUUCACAUUCACAUACACAUACACAUUCACAUUCACAUACACAUACACAUUCACAUACACAUACACGGGCAUGGGGUCACAGUAAGAGACAGAUGUUUCCCUGGAGAGGGAUAUGCGUAAGUAAGGGAUAUGUGUUUCUCUGGUCACAGAGACACCGGUUACCGUGGAGAUAUAAUGAGUGUUGAGGACAGUGAGUUCUCUGGUGACAAAGAGCGUUAUGGAUGGAGACACUGGUCUCCUUGGUGACAGAGACCAAUGGAGGGCUGCAGUUCCGAAAACUGAAGGACAUGUCGGCUCAGAGUGACUGACUAACUGACUGAGCUAGUAAAGAUGAAAUGUGGAGCCACCCCCUUCCUCCACCCUCUACUAACUCAGUACUCUAGCUAUACAGUACAUGUCUCCAUAUGAAAUGUCCAUUCCCAUCGAAUGUGCUACCUCUAUGCGUCUCAAUAUCUCGUCUCCAAAGACUCAGUCAGCGAGCAUAUCGAGCGUAGGAGGAGCGCAGCGAAAGGAGCGAGAAGUAGCGCGAGAAGCAGCAAGAGCGAGAGACGACGAGAGAGGAGCGAGCGGCAGAGGAGAGAAACGAGGAGGCGAGAAGAGCGGCGGCGAGGAGGAGGCGCGCUAGAGGACAGAGCGAGAGCGGAGAACGGCGAGAGAGACCGCGCGAGACGAGAGCGAGACGAGCGACGCGCGCGAGAGCGCGCCCCGAGAGCGAAGAGCGCGAGGAUGAGCGCGUAGAGGAGGCGGCGAGCGCGCGCUGAGAGCGACAGCGAGCGCGACGAGAGAGCGCGCGGAGAGGCCGCGGCGCGCGCGACGGCGCGAGCGAGAGACGCCGAGACGAGCGAGGAGCGAGCGAGUCGACGCGUCGACCGCUCUGACCAGACGCGCUAACACCUCAAUACUCUCCUAACUCUCUCUACCCUUCUAGGUCUCUCGAUCUACGGCCUCUCUCUCUAGCGAACGAUCUACUUCUCUCUCUCUCUAUCUACUUCUCUCUCUCUCUCUCUUAACUCUUCUCUCUCUCUAACCCUCUCUCUCUCUACCUCUCUCUCUACCUCUCUCUCUACCUCCUCUAUAUUAUCUUAUUCAUUGUUCAGUGUCAUCUUAGAGAGUAUGCACAGUGCUGUAUACCAGUAUCUGUGUGAGAGCGGGUUAGUGUGUAUACAGUGUUUGCUGUAUUUUGACAGUUCUAGUGGAUGAGUAAGCAAAAGUCUAUGCUCUGCCUGUGGACACAGGGAGGAUGUAAAAAGAUUUCUCCCCUACACACUCUCACCCACAACCCCCUGAAUUAGAGCGAUUUCCUGUGUGCUGACAUACUAUAAUCCAUCUGCGAUCUCCACAAACACACACACACACACACACACACAGACACAUGUGUGCACACACACACAUACACACACACACACACACACACACACACACACACACACACACACAGACAGGCGCCUGGAGGCAGACUCACUAGACAUAUGUAGACUCACUAGAUCUGACAUACAUUAUGGUGGGGCAUGCAGGCCAUGGAGCAUAGAUCUACAAGUGCUAGAUUGGAUAUGUAACUUGGAAGAACCCUAUAGAAUCGAGAAAUUAAUGCAUAGUUGCAACCCUCAUAGACAUAAUUUGUCAUCUCUCUGACGGUAUAUUUAAUAACUACGUCUCAUAGCAUGAAUUUUCUGGAUUCUUGUGUAUUCUCAUUGGAUGAGAGACAUGUCUGUCCUCACAUACACAGAGGAUCACUUUCCCCUGUUUGAAAGAGCAAUUGUCCAUUCUUCGGAAUGAAGUGCACAGAGGAGGGGGGAGGGGUGCGGCUGAUUGAGUGGCCAGACAAGUGAAGGAGCAGUGAGGAGGAGGAGGGGGGAGGGGUGUGUGUUUCUGGCUGCUCUACACACUGAGCACAAUGUGUGCUUGUACUCUGACUGGUCACAGGCCAGUCCCAUGGGUCGGAAUAUUUGGGUUUGACUGAAAAUAAAACGCUGUGUUUACCUCAAUUUGACUUGAUCCCAAACACACACACACACACGCACAGUCGCGCACACGCACACACACACACACACACACACAAACGCACACAACCAGACCCAGUGUGUGUAGAGCCUCUUUUAUCCUUUGGUGAUAUCUUUCUCAUUACUCACACGUCUAAAUAAACCCCAGCCCUCUCUCCUACCCAUACUCUACUGGCACCCAGGAUCCUAUGGAUGGGCAGUGCUUAAAGGUUAUUUAUUCAGUUUAUAGGAAAAGUAGGUAACUGAAACCAUAACAGGCUAAACUGAUGUUUUAGUUUAGCAUCAUAGUAUCUCUAUAGUAACAUUUAGCAGAGAGAGAGAGAGAUGAGGAUUAAAAGAGAGAAAGGUUAGACUCAUUCAUAGGUAGGUCACACAUGGCCACACACAGCUGGCUGGCCUAGUUUUCACCUGUCACUGCUUCCACUACUACCACACAGCUGAAUGAACUGGAGCUGGUUUGCAUUUAGGGCCUGGGAGAGAUCAUUUAGGGCCUGUAAUGACCUGCAAUGUACAGCUGUCCUUAUGGAACAUAAGAGAAACAUUCUUGUCCGUAUGUGUGUUUGCAUUGUGCAGUAGUACACAGUAGUAUUCUAAAAUUAUUCUAAACAGCCUAAUGGGAAAGUCCUCUUUCACUGUCUACUUAAAGUACAUUCAUACACACACACACACACACACUCGCUCCAUCUCUGUUGCCGUCACACACAUCCAUUAUCCAGAUCUACUGUAUAAAAAGCAGAUCAGCCCCCCUUCUCUCUCUCCGUCUCUGCUGUCUGCUGUCUUAAUGUCCAGACUAGAAUGGUUGGAGACUAGAGCAGACAGGCCUUUAUCAAUGGCUGGCCACAGGCUGCAGUUGCUGCAGGGAGCUGGUGAUCAGAGAGGGGCUGGAUGCAGGGUACAGCUCUGGCUGACUGGUGAUAAACUGUGCUCACCACAAACAAACACGAGUGUUCCAGCAAGAUUAGGAGGCAGACACACAGAGAGAGAGAAAGUGAAACAGAAAGAGGAGAGUGGUGUGUGUGUGUAGCUGCAGUGAAUUGUAUUUGUUGUCAUUAAAGGAAAGCUCUGUCUUAGACCAGUACCUAAAGGUAAUCUAGUGUAAGUGUGUGGGCAGUAGCAGUUGUAGUUGUCUGCUGGUGUAGGGAGUUGUAGUGCAGUGUUGGAGGUGCAUUAACAUGUACAGUGUAGAGAGUGUACAGAGACUGUGAACGUCAAGCAAGAUGUGGUUGAUUUUUUUGUGGUUUGGCAACUGAACACUAAUCUUUCUCCAUCUCUCUCUAGGUUGUGGUUCAGAGUUAUUGAAGGAAAGACAGACAGGUGUUGUCGUGUAGCCCUCUCAGUUUUAUAGUAGAGGGCUUCACAGACACAGACCAAGUGUGGUGAGUAUUUCUACCUCUGUGUACAGUACUGUUUGUGUCCAUGGCAACCAUUUGCCUUCAUGUAGACUACAGUUUGCUCAUGUUCUAUCCUAAUCCAGUAAAAAGGUGUGUUUUGUCCUGUCUCAGGCUGAAUGUAUCACCCAGCAGAGCAGUAUUCUGGGCGUAACACCAUGGGACUCCUACCCUGCUGGAGGACCUCACAGAGGAACAUGGGCCCCUGUCAACAGUCGCCCCUGGGGCCCUUCAAACAGGUGAGCCCUCUUCUUACACCACUGUCUACUGACACACUCAUAACCCUUCUUCCUGUUGAUGGAGUCUGUGCUGAGCCAAUGGUAACCCUCCUUUAUCUACUGUAGGUACAAUGGCGGAAUCAACCAAUCCCAGCACCUAAACAAGAUUUAUAAUGACAGGUAGUGAAACAUCUCAAUUGUUCAGAACUUACAUUGAGUGGAGCGCACAUCUGAAAUGUUAGUCCACCAGUCACCCUUACUGUAGUGAUCCCUUAGUGAUCUCCACUUUCUCUCUGGAACAUAGGGGGACCAGGCCAUCCUUCCAUUCCCAGGGAAGGGGCCCUCAGCAGAACCAGAGACCAGCAAUACGACCCUGGGCCCAGAAAGACCAGGCUUAUGAGACCCAGGGCUGGCACCAGGACUCCCCACGUUCAUUUCAAAACCAUGGCCGCAACCAGGGGGGCUACCAAAAAAGGACCGGGGGGGAAACCCCACACCAUCGGGGAUCCCACAAAAAACCCCCUCCCCGGGUUUUGGGGAGGAAAGGAAGAGAAGUUACAUACACUAUGCUGUAAUAACUCUUUCUAUUAAAAACAGUGUUAGGUUAUGUCUUUUUUUUUGAUUGCAUGACUUUAAUUAUGAAAUUAUCUCUUCAGUUGGGGGGUCCCCCACCGCACCAAAGGCCCCCGAGAUCCCCCCGGAGGGCCUGGGUCCCCAGCAAGGGUGGGGCCCCCUCAGAGCUCCAGGGGUUCCCCGGUAGGAUGAUAGACCCGGGACCAGGACAUGGAAGCGCCCCCCCCACAAGCACCCACGUGGCCAAACCCCCCCCGCUCCCCCCCUCACAGCAUCCCACCCCCCCAAAGGGAAAACGCCCUGCCCAAAAGGAGCGAACCCUUUGGCCCCGAGAGGGCAGUCACCCCCCAAAAUAAUACGUGUUUUUCCCCAGAAGGUAAGGUCCCCCACCCCAAAUUAGUCCCGUAUCAGGCUUUAGGGAAAAUGUCUACAACCUGAUCUAGGAUCAGUUUCUUGCAGCCUUUUUCCUUGGGUGAAUCCGACCCAGAACAGUAUUUUGAAGCCACUUGGUGUUUGCUGGAUAUUUUUAAAUAGCACCCCUUUGGUAGGGAUAAUACCCCCUCACCCGGAUACUUUGUUAUUAUGUUCUCCCACAGCCUUCACCCUGGCCAAAGCCCUUUUUGGACCAGAAGCCCCAAACACCCCCCCCACUACCUCCCCCCCAAACAAGGUUGGAACCCAAAAAUGACAGACCCGGUCCUCGCCCCCCCAUGUGAGAGGGGGACCGCUCGAGUUUUCAAGUAAUCAGAAAAGUAAAUGUACUUAAGAAAACCGAGCUCUUAAGCUAUCAUUGAUUAACAAUCCUCCUCUUUUUAUUUAGGAAUCCACCAAGCAAGUUUUGGGCGUCUCAAUACAGUACACAUCAUUCUACCCAUUAAAUAAAAGGAAGGAGGGGCCCCCCUUUUCCCCCGGGGGAAAAAAACCCCCCCCCAAGGGGUGUGUUUUCUGGUUGCUAUAAACACUGAGCACAAUGUGUGCUUGUACUCUGAUUCAAUGGUAACAGGGCCAGUCCAUGGGUGAAAUAUUUGGGUUUGACUGAAAAAUAAAACGCUGUGUUUACCUCAAUUGACUUGAUCCACCAAACACACCCCACACACCACGACACAGUCGACGCGGCACACACACAAAAACAAAACGCACACAACCAGACCCAGUGUGUGUAAGAGGCCUCUUUAUCCUUGGUUGAUAUCUCUCAUUACUUCACACGUCUAAAUAAAACCCCAGCCAUAUCUCCGACCAUACUUCUACUGGCAACCGGAGAUCUAGGAUGGGCAGUGAUUACAGGUUUUGGAUUUAUUCAGUUUAGGAAAAGUGGUAACUGAGGGGGGGGGGGGUUUGGGGGGGGGGUAACCAUAAAGGCCAUAAAAUGAGUUUUAGUUAGCAUCAUAGUAAUCUCUAUAGUAACAUUUAGCAGAGAUAGAGAGAGAUGAGGAUUAAAAGAGAGAAAGGUUAGACUCAUUCAUAGGUAGGUCACACAUGGCCACACACAGCUGGCUGGCCUAGUUUUCACCUGUCACUGCUUCCACUACUACCACACAGCUGAAUGAACUGGAGCUGGUUUGCAUUUAGGGCCUGGGAGAGAUCAUUUAGGGCCUGUAAUGACCUGCAAUGUACAGCUGUCCUUAUGGAAAUAAGAGAAACAUUCUUGUCCGUAUGUGUGUUUGCAUUGUGCAGUAGUACACAGUAGUAUUCUAAAAUUAUUCUAAACAGCCUAAUGGGAAAGUCCUCUUUCACUGUCUACUUAAAGUACAUUCAUACACACACACACACACACACACACACACACACACACUCGCUCCAUCUCUGUUGCCGUCACACACAUCCAUUAUCCAGAUCUACUGUAUAAAUAGCGGAUCAGCCCCCCUUCUCUCUCUCCGUCUCUGCUGUCUGCUGUCUUAAUGUCCCAGACUAGAAUGGUUGGAGACUAGAGCAGACAGGCCUUUAUCAAUGGCUGGCCACAGGCUGCAGUUGCUGCAGGGAGCUGGUGAUCAGAGAGGGGCUGGAUGCAGGGUGCAGCUCUGGCUGACUGGUGAUAAACUGUGCUCACCACAAACAAACACAAGUGUUCCAGCAAGAUUAGGAGGCAGACACACAGAGAGAGAAAGUGAAACAGAAAGAGGAGAGUGGUGUGUGUGUAGCUGCAGUGAAUUGUAUUUGUUGUCAUUAAAGGAAAGCUCUGUCUUAGACCAGUACCUAAAGGUAAUCUAGUGUAAGUGUGUGGGCAGUAGCAGUUGUAGUUGUCUGCUGGUGUAGGGAGUUGUAGUGCAGUUUGGAGGUGCAUUAACAUGUACAGUGUAGAGAGUGUACAGAGACUGUGAACGUCAAGCAAGAUGUGGUUGAUUUUUUUGUGGUUUGGCAACUGAACACUAAUCUUUCUCCAUCUCUCUCUAGGUUGUGGUUCAGAGUUAUUGAAGGAAAGACAGGACAGGUGUUGUCGUGUAGCCCUCUCAGUUUUAUAGUAGAGGGCUUCACAGACACAGACCAAGUGUGGUGAGUAUUUCUACCUCUGUGUACAGUACUGUUUGUAUCCAUGGCAACCAUUUGCCUUCAUGUAGACUACAGUUUGCUCAUGUUCUAUCCUAAUCCAGUAAAAAGGUGUGUUUUUGUCCUGUCUCAGGCUGAAUGUAUCACCCAGCAGAGCAGUAUUCUGGGCGUAACACCAGGGACUCCUACCCUGCUGGAGGACCUCACAGAGGAACAUGGGCCCCUGUCAACAGUCGCCCCUGGGGCCCUUCAAACAGGUGAGCCCUCUUCUUACACCACUGUCUACUGACACACUCUUAACCCUUCUUCUGUUAUGGAGUCUGUGCUGAGCCAAUGGUAACCCUCCUUUAUCUACUGUAGGUACAAUGGCGGAAUCAACCAAUCCCAGCACCUAAACAAGAUUUAUAAUGACAGGUGAGUGAAACAUCUCAAUUGUUCAGAACUUACAUUGAGUGGAGCGCACAUCUGAAAUGUUAGUCCACCGUCACCUUACUGUAGUGAUCCCUUAGUGAUCUCCACUUUCUCUCUGGAACAUAGGGGGGCCAGGCCAUCCUUCCAUUCCCAGGGAAGGGGCCCUCAGCAGAAACCAGAGACCAGCAAUACGACCCUGGGCCCAGAAAGACCAGGCUUAUGAGACCCAGGGCUGGCACCAGGACUCCCCACGUUCAUUUCAAAAACAAUGGCCGCAACCAGGGGGGCUACCAAACAGGACCGGGGGAACCCUACACCAUCUGGGACUCCUACAACAACCAGCCUCCCAGGGUGAGAGAGGAAGAGAGCAGCCUAUCGACAGUACAUACUCUAUGCUGUACAUAACUCAUUAUCUAUUACAUACAGUAGUUAGGUUUAUGUCUUUUUUUAUUGAUUGCAUGACUUUAAUUAUGAUAAUUAUCUCUCUCAGUAUGGGGGUCCCCACCAGCACCAACGGCCCAGAGAUCCCCCCGGAGACCUGGGCUCCCCAGCAGAGAGGUGGGCCGCCUCAGACCGCUCCAGGGCCUUCCCAGGUAGGAUGAUAGACCAGGGACCAGGACCAUGGAAGCGCCCACCCCCCCACAAGCACCACCGUGGCCAACCUCCACACCGCUCCCCACCCUCACAGCCACUCCCCACCCCCCAAGGAAGACUGCCCUGCCAAGAGGAGCAGAACCUCUGGCCCUGAGCAGGUCAGUCACCACCAAAGCUAAUGAUCGUGUUUGCCAGAAGUGUAAGGUCCCCCCACCACAGUUAGUCCUGCUAUCAGUGCUUGAGGAAGAUGUCUACUAACCUGAUCUAGGAUCAGAUUUCUCUACUGCUAGCCUUUACCAUUAGGGUGAUAUCCGAUCCUAGAACAGUCAUCUGAAGCCACUCUGAGUGUAGCUGUGAUAUUUAUACAAUAGCACCACCUUCUGGUAGGGAUCAAUACACCUCACCAGGAUACUUACUGUUUAUUACUGUUCUCUCUCACCAGCCCUCUCACCGUGGCUCAAAGCAUUUAUCUGGACCAGACCAGCCCCAAUCACCACCCCACUACCUCCCUCCCAAACAAGGCUUCUGGAACCAAUCAUAUGACAGACCUGCGUCCUCGCACCCAUGCUGAGAGGAGGACCUCGUCUACAGAGUUACAAGUAAGUCAGUUAAUAGUAAAUGUACUUCAAGAGAACAGAGCUCUUAAGACUACUCAUUGAUUAACAAUCCUCUCUCUCUUAUUAUUUCAGGAAUCCACCAAGUCAAGAUUAGGGCGUCUCAACUACAGUACACAUCAUUCUACCCAUACUCCAGUUCCCCAGGUCCCCUUCAAUGGUCAAGGCCCCCCUCCUUCCUCCUAUCCCCGCCAUCCUCCUCCAUCCCAUCCCUGUGGCGGCAGCAGACCCCCCCACCAUGGAUCCAGAGUGGAGGUGGAUGGCCAGUCCCAGCCCCCCUCCUCACCAGCAGACCACACCGGCGUGCCUUACAGUCAGCACCACCAGCGUCCCCCCAUCACCCUCCUCAGUACCUCAGCACAACCCCCCAGCCCCACGCUCCCAACAGACAGCAGAGGGAUCAGACCCCCUCCCAGCUCUCUGCUACAGAGCCUCCCCACCGCAACAGCAGCCACAGAGAUGGAGGCUCCACAGCCCCGAGCUCCUCCAGCCCCUCUGGCCUCUCCAGCUCCACCACUCCUAGUAAGGCCAGUGGGAAGAAAUACCCUCCACCUAAUCAGAGGAAUCCUGACACUGGCUCUGGCACACCCCGUAAAACGGGGACCAAGGACCCCCUCACCUAGUCCCACACCUCCCCCUCUCUCUGCCUCCCGCACAGGGCUAGGCUCAGAGCCCAGACCCCACCCAGCUCUCCCCAGGACAGGCCUAUUGUCAACAACCAACAUACCUACUAUCAAACAACAACAGACCUACUGUCAACAACAAACAGACAUACUACCAACAAGCCAGGGCUGCAGCCUCAUGGACACAAACGGACAGAGAGGAACCAUAAGGAUAAGAAAGGAGAGCAGAGAGAGGCGAGGUGGGAAAGAGGGAACCAACGAGGGAGAGGAAGAUGGAGGAGAGGAAAAGGAGAAAGGAGAAAGAGAGAAAAGGGGGGAUGGGGUGAAGAAUUAAAACCCCAUAAAGGAGAAGAGGUGAGAGACAAGGUGGAGAGAAAAAAUAAGAAAGAGGAAGAGAGGAAGACUGAGAAAAGGGAGGAGAGCCUUAGGGCUAAAAAGCUGGUAAAAGCAGAGAUGGGAUGCUCAAAGUCCCUCACUCCAUCAGUACGGCCUUCCUCCCCUAAGACUCAGUCUGGAUCUAGGGUUCCAGGGAAGCCAGGGCAACCCUCCCAGACACCAUCCACCCCUGGCAAACACAGACACAGGGAGAAGGGCCAAGGAAGAGGUGGAACGUCCUAUGACCACAGCUCUCCAAAUACCUCAAUCCCACCUGCUGGCCCGCCUGCCGCCCGUCCUUGCCAACCCUCACCGUCACCACAUCCAUCCAAACACAAAAGUCAGAGAGGGGAGGGACCCUGAACAAGUCAAACCCAGCUCAACCCAAACCCCCGUCAAGGGCACACCACUGCUAGCCUGUCCCCCACCCACCACCACCAAUAACAACAACAUCAGCAAGACCAGUAAGACCAGUCACCAGCCCACCAGCCCUUCUAAACGCAGCACAGAGAGGAAGGCUGAUUCUACCACCUCCACGCUCUCAUCCAAAACCGCAGCAGCUCCCACUGUGGCUGGGUCAGGGGGGUCCAUCCCAAGCCAGCAGAGCCAGACUGAGACAAGGGGUGUAUGUCCAGAAGGGGGGGUCCUGCGGGCCCCAGAUCUCCAGCCUGCGGCAGGGGUGGGCAGUGUGGAGGAGCUGGGGAGACAACCCCCCCGCCAGCCCCCCUGUACUCAGCUGGCAAGGCUCCCCGGCAUCAGCCCUGAGUGAGGAAGAAGAGGAGGAAGAGCAGGGAGGAGUGAUGAGGAGACCUGUCCUGCAGCCCAGCCCCACCCACAGCCCGUCCCUCUCACCCCCCCAUGGGAACUCAGAGGGACUCAAUGAGAAGGCGGAGGGCGUCAGUGAGGGGAGGGGUGCUGAUGAGCUUCGCCAUAGCGACCUGGCCAAGCUCUAUGGCCUGCCUGAUACUCCCAAUGGAGUGGAGGAAGAGGAGGAUGAGGAAGAGGAGGACAGUAGUGGGGACACGUCGUCCAGCUCUCUUCUUCCGCGUCGGCCACACCUCCACCAGACAGGAGUGGCUGAUGUCUUCAAGUCUUUGGCAUCGUUCCUAGGGGGCCAGAGGUACACAUAUCGGGGCGGCCCGUUUGGGCGUCCUCCUCCUAGCUCCAUGGGAGGAGUGAAGUACUCCUCAUCCCUCGCCAUGGAUCCAGAAACCAACUGUCAGGACCAGCAGUGUCCCUCCCCAACAUCAGACUCCACCACGCCCCCAAGACUCACUACCCAAUCAUCCACUCACACUACCUCAGAUCCGCCUUCCAAACCCCGCCCUCCCGUAGACCUCAACCAACCACAGCUCUCCGUGGGGGAGCGCACUAAACAGAAGCAUGCGCGAUUGGAGGAGAUUCAGAAUGAGAGAAAGAAGGAGAGAACUAAAUGUGUAGACAGUGGGGAGACAGCCGGGUCUCUGAGCGCUGAGCUGAGAUUGACCACCACACACCGGCUCCCUGCCACCACCAAGGAGGAGCGGGGGCAGAGGGAGGUACGCAGGCAGACAGGCAGGAAGAGGCUACAAAGCGGUGCAGAUGGAAACAGGGAAGGAGAAGGGAAGAGGAAGAGAAGAAAACAAUAUAACAGCGUCAGUAAUCAUCAGAGUGGAGGCAAUGAAAAGAAAAAGAUGGAAGAAAAGAGUGAAAGAAAAUCAGCCUCCUCCAUUACGUUGUCCUCAUCUACACCUCACCCCAGUAGCCCGGUCAAGCUGUUCAAAGACACUAAGAAGAGCCGUCAGAUUCAGGGGAAUCUUGGCCUCCAGAGCAAAGACAUCCAGGGACAGAAAGACAAGGCACACACAGGAAACACUGAGCAGGGGGCACAAUCAACAGAGAGGAAGGAGGAGAGGGGCAGUGAGCCUGAAACCAUUACGUCCACACCAGGCAGCAACACAGACACAGUGGCAACAGCAACUACCACCAGCACCUUCAACACCUCCUCCACUGUUACCACCUCCCCUACCCCCACCCCGGCCCCCUCUGCUGCCCCUGUGAGGAGGAACCCCUGUCCCCUGGCUGCUGCUGACUUCCUGAAGCUGAAGGCCCUGUCCAUGGGCCCUCCCAAGGAACUGAAGAUCCGUCUGAUCAAGGUGGAGAGUGGAGACAGAGAGACGUUCAUCGCCUCCGAGGUCGAGGAAUGCAGGAUCCCCCUAGGAGAGGUCAGCAUCAGACACACAGCCAGCGAGGUCAUCAGGGCCUGCAAGUGAGUAUACAGUACAUGUGAUGUACAUUUACUAGACAUCAAUACACAAAGAAAAGUGUAUUAAAUGAAAUCUUAUUGAAUUCUAGCUCUUCAUCUGUCUUUUCCUUUGUCUGUUUCAGGGGGGCAAAGGUGAAGGGGAAGUUUCGGGAGUCCUAUCUGCUCCCUGCUUUCUCUGUCAAGCCUGUUCUCAGCACCAACCCACCCAUCCCGCGAGAGAAGCUCAAUCCCCCCACACCAAGCAUCUAUGUGAGUCCACACUCCAGAGGCGCUGCACUGCAGUUGACCCUAUGCUUCAAGCUGUCUGUGGGUGUGUAUGUCUUGGGAGGGGGGGGGAUAAAGCAACUACAACAAAAAAGAUACAUCUCUGUCCUAUGACAACAGACGACAAAGUCUUCUUCCUCUUUUUCUUCCUGUUUUCUUCAUUCUCACAUAUCAGUUCUGUAUUUGUGCAAUGCCUUGCUGAUUUUUUUCCGGUGUUGUCCUGUGUGUCUGUGUCCAGUUGGAGAGUAAGAGAGAUGCCUUCUCCCCAGUCCUCCUCCAGUUCUGUACUGAUCCCAAGAACCCUGUCACUGUCAUCAGAGGCCUGGCUGGAUCCCUCAGGCUCAGUGAGUUUCCGUAUUUCGAUUUUCUCAGGGCUAAAACUUAAAAGGAAAUUCCUCCACUUUUCAAUCCCAUAUUCAUAUUCUCCGGCACAAUACCAGUAUCUACAGUGAGGGGAAAAAUUUGAUCCCCUGCUUAUUUUGUUCGUUUGCCCACUGACAAAGAAAUGAUCAGUAUAUAAUUUUAAUGGUAGGUUUAUUUGAACAGUGAGAGACAGAAUAACAACAAAAAAAUCCAGAAAAACGCAUGUCAAAAAUGUUAUAAAUUGAUUUGCAUUUUAAUAAGGGAAAUAAGUAUUUGACCCCCUCUCAAUCAGAAAUAUUUCUGGCUCCCAGGUGUCUUUUAUACAGGUAACGAGCUGAGAUUAGGAGCACACUCUUAAAGGGAGUGCUCCUAAUCUCAGCUUGUUACCUGUAUAAAAGACACCUGUCCACAGAAGCAAUCAAUCAAUCAGAUUCCAAACUCUCCACCAUGGCCAAGACCAAAGAGCUCUCCAAGGAUGUCAGGGACAAGCUUGUAGAACUACACAAGGCUGGAAUGGGCUACAAGACCAUCGCCAAGCAGCUUGGUGAGAAGGUGACAACAGUUGGUGCGAUUAUUCGCAAAUGGAAGAAACACAAAAUAACUGUAAAUCACCCUCGGCCUGGGGCUCCAUGCAAGAUCUCACCUCGUGGAGUUGCAAUGAUCAUGAGAACGGUGAGGAAUCAGCCCAGAACAUAAGAAGAAAGUUCCUAAAAAACAUUUAUUUGUGACAUCACAGGGUAGGAAUAAAAGUAAGAAAAUCUAUGAUCACUGUUUUUAAAAUAUUUUAACUUUUGAUGAUGUCAUCGGGUAGAACUUUGUACCUUUAUAUUUGUUUCUACAAAACAUUCAAAUGUGCGUUUUCACAUAUGUAAACACUGGUAUUGUGCUGUAGAUAAUGAAAAUUAGGUUAAAGUGGUGGAGUUGCCCUUUAAAACAGCAACAUUAUUUCUAAUUUACUCACUAUACCUCUCUCACUCCUUUCUCCUCUCUCUCCCUUUCUGCCAGACCUGGGUUUGUUCUCCACUAAGUCUCUGGUGGAGGCCAAUGCAGAGCAUGCUGUGGAGGUGAGGACCCAGGUGCAGCAGCCUGCUGAUGAGAACUGGGACGCCACUGGUUCAGCCCAGACCUGGCCCUGCGAGAGCAGCCGCUCACACACCACCAUCGCCAAGUACGCCCAGUACCAGGCCUCCAGCUUCCAGGAGAGCCUCCAGGUAGGGGAAGAAACACACACACAUACACGUUUCCCCCCACUUCCUCUCUUUGCCCAGCUAAGUUCAUUAUGUACUUAUAUGUGUCUACAGGAAGAGAAGGACAGUGAGGAUGAGGAUGAGGAAGAAGAGAAUGAGACUUCAUCCUCUGACCCAUCAACCACCCCUGCAUCUGGCACCAGCAAAACCAGCCCUACUACGGUCGCCAGCAAAGCCAACCCUACUGUGGUUGCUAGCAAAGUCGGCCCUACCCCUAUUGCUAACACACUCAGGUCAGAACAUCCACAUCAUACAGUGCAGUCAACUCCUUAAUAAACCAAAUACAAUACAUUUAAUCAAAACAAUAUUCUGACGUUAUUAAAGAUGUUUUAAUAAAGUACACUUCCCCUUUCCCAUAGGCCAGAGGCAAAAUCAACUGGAAAGAUCAUCAAAUUCGGCACCAACAUCGACCUCUCUGAUCCUAAGAGGUGAGAUAGCUUUACAUGUGGUAGAUUGUUUAAAAGCUCUAAGGCAGGGGUGUCAAACUCAUUUUAGCUCAGGGGCCACAUUGAGGAAAAUCUAUUCCCAAGUGGGCCGGACCGGUAAAAUCAUGGUAUAUAUAACUUAAAAACAACAACUUCAGAUUGUUUUCUUUGUUUUAAUACUAUCAACAUAAAACAUAAAGCUGGAGCCUGAGGACAGUGUGUCCAAAAUAGUACAAGCACAACUAUUAUCACUAUUAAUCAUAAAACACCUCAAGUUUAUUUGAAAAUUCUACAGAAAAAAAACACACAAACACACAAUGCCUCAGUGAUUCACAGAACUGUUUCACAGAUCACAGAACUAUAUCAGGGUGUCAUUUCUCAGGCAGAAAUGUAGAUACAAAUAAUGAAAUCCUGUUCCCCAAACAAGUGCAAGAACCACAGAGUCAAGAAUAGGUUAAAUAUACAAAUAAAUAAAAAUCUAUUAAAAACAAUAGCACAUCAACAUAAAAACAUAUAAACAUAAAGCUGGAGCCUGAGGACAGUGUGUCCAAAAGCACAACAUCACUAUUAAUCAUAAAACACCUCAAGUUAUUUGAAAUUCUGAGGACAAACAACACACAAACACACAAUGCCUCAGUGAUUCACAGAAGUAUAUCACAGAUCACAGAACUAUAUCAGGGUGUCUCAUGCAGCACUUUAAGUGGGGUUGCAUAGUUUAUUUGACUCCUGAUACCUGGCAUCUUUUAGCUUUCACCAUCGCAUCAAUAUCAGGCGUCACAUCCUGAGUGGCAGCCAACUUCAGGAUGUGAUUCAAGUGCUUGUGCGUGAGCCUUGAGCGCAGCUUUGUUUUAUUUAUGCUCAUUACAGAGAACUUGCUCACAAAGAUAUGUGGUUCCAAACAUGCACAACAGUUUUGCAGCGAGGGCUGUCAAGUUGGGGUAACCUGGCAAGAGAUUCUGAUAAAAUGUGUCCAAGCCAGCUGCGGCAAAUUUGCCCUUCAAAUCCGAGUCACACUGCAAGUAUAUUAUUUCAAGUUUGAUGCUGACGGGCAGAUAAGAGGGAUUCACGGUUAAUGGCGAACAAAAAACGUUGAAGUCUUUCUCCAGUUCACCAAAAAUCUGAAAGCGUUGCUCAAACUCCCUUAACAGUCCCGUUAUUUUAUCUUUGAACAGCUUCAUGUCUGCCACAUGUUGGGUCGCGCACACAUUUUUCAGACAGGGGAAGUGAGCUGCAUCACCACCGGCGAGUUGCGUCUCCCACAAUGACAGCUUCAACUUGAAAGAACGUAUGCUGUCAUAAUACUGCGUGGCAACUUUGUUGCACCCUUGCAGCUGUUUGUUCAAGUUAUUCAGGUGCUCUGUAACAUCCACCAUAAAUGCAAGGUCCUGCAUCCAUUCUGCGGAAUGAAAUUCUAACACUGGUUUGCCCUUUUCUUCCAUGAACUGUUCAAUUUCUUCUCAUAAAUCAAAGAAACGCCUCAGCACAGCACCUCGGCUUAACCAUCUUACCUCAGUGUGGUAUGGCAGGCCAUAGAUGUGGUCUUUCUCUCUGAGAAGGCUGUCAAACUGACGUUGAUUCAGGCUUCUGGAUCGGAUGAAAUUAACAGUUUGGAUGACCACCUUCAUGACGUUAUCCAUCUUUAAUGACUUGCAACACAAAGCCUCCUGGUGCAAAAUACAGUGAAAAGUCCAAAAAUCACGUCCUCCAUUUGCAGAUUGCACUUUCUCUCUGAACUUUGUCACAACGCCUGCUUUUUUCCCGAUCAUUGAGGGCGCACCAUCUGUAGCCAGGCUGACAGCGCAGGACCAGUCCACUCCGACCCUGUCCAGCGCGCUGACGAGUGCAGUGAAAAUAUCAGCUGCUGUCGUUGUAUCUGUCAUCGGCACCAACUCCACGAACUCCUCGGUGACGGUCAAUGUGUCAUCAACUCUGCGGAUGAAAAUGGCCAGUUGUGCAACAUCUGUAAUGUCCGUGCUUUCAUCAAUUGCAACCGAAAACGCAAUAAAUUACUUUACUUUUUGCUUCAACUGGCUGUCCAAAUCCACUGAAAGAUCGGAAAUCCUUCUUGUCAGGCUGAUAUUUGCAAAAGCCUAGUGCUUUUCAGGGCACACAAUCUCCGCUGCCUUCAUCAUGCAUGUUUUUACAAAUUCACCCUCACUAAAUGGUUUUGAAGCCACUGCGAUUUCAUUAGCAAUGAGGUAGCUAGCUUUCCCUGCAGCGCCACUGAUGUCUCAGCUGUGAGUAAACACAGACUGCUGUUUCUUCAGACCCGCCAACAGUUCAUUCACCGUCUCUCUUCUCCGCUGUCCUUGAAAGUUGUCAUAUUUGUCGGCAUGAAGACUCACAUAGUGGCGACGAAGGUUAUAUUCUUUCAGCACUGCAACAUGCUGUGAACACACCAAACAUACAGCUUCCCCAUUCAAUUCCGUGAAUAAAUAGAAGGAUGACAAUUUUUCUUGGAACACUCUGCACUCUGCGUCCACUUUUCUCUUUUUUGACAGAGACAUAUUGGGGCAAUGAGGGUGCCAAAGCACAUAAUGUUAAAAGUAGAAGCCGUAAUAAAUAUCGCGGGCAAAACAAAGUAGCUCAUCCGGACUGGCUGCACUUGCUUGACCUAUUUGCUCUGCCCCGGUAUAAACAGUUUGCUUGCUUAACACAAUUGCUAUUGCGCCAUCCAGUGGACACAAUUGGAACAGCAGUUUCUUUUAUUGAAAAAUUGCAGCUCAUUUUUAUACUUUACAAAAUCAUCUCGCGGGCCGGAUUAAACCCGUUUGCGGGCCUGAUUCGGCCCGCGGGCCGGACGUUUGACACCCCUGCUCUAAGGACACUGUUGGAGAGGAGGUAGAGUGUUAAUGUGUGUUUGUUACCAGGUGGAAGCCCCAGCUGCAGGAGCUGCUAAAGUUGCCAGCCUUCAUGCGUGUGGAGUUCAAUGGGAACAUGCUGAGCCACGUAGGACACACCAUCCUGGGCAUGAACACCGUCCAGCUCUACAUGAAGGUCCCCGGCAGUCGCACGCCUGGUCAGUGUUCUAUGGGUGUGUUUUUAUAUGUAUAUUGCAUGUAUCUGUACAUGGGCUUAAAUAUCUCUGUGUAUGUCUGUUUUCAGGCCACCAGGAGAAUAAUAACUUCUGCUCUGUGAACAUCAACAUUGGGCCGGGUGAUUGUGAGUGGUUUGCAGUCCAUGAACACUACUGGGAGCACAUCAACAACUUCUGUGAGAAGUGAGUCAUGAGACGGUUUUCAUGUGAGGGCCUUGCAUUUAGUUAAGCAUUUGAGCAUUUCUGCUCAUUGAAAGGUAUAACAACAGUGACCCACAGGGGAUUUGAACCAGAAACUAGCCACUUAGAUGCCAUCUCUCCUCCCUCCUUCAGGCAUGGAGUAGACUACCUGACGGGGUCCUGGUGGCCUGUUCUGGAGGAUCUUUACCGCUCCAACAUCCCAGUGUACCGCUUCAUCCAGAGACCAGGGGACCUGGUGUGGAUCAACGCAGGGUCCAUCCACUGGGUGCAGGCUGUGGGCUGGUGCAACAACAUAGCCUGGAACGUUGGACCUCUCAACUGUGAGUUACUAACAGUGUCCAACAGGGGAAGCCAUAGAUAGGAAAGGGGAGCUGGGUCAUACACAUUGCAGAACAGCAGAGAAGAGUGUAGCUUGUAGUUGGCUGUACACUAUUCUGUACCUCAAUCAAAUUAUACUGAACAGAAAUAUAAAAGCAACAUGCAACAACUUCAACAAUUUGACUGCGUUACAGUUCAUAUAAGAAAAUCAGUCAAUUGAAAUAAAUAAAUGAAGCCCUAAUCUACUGUAUGGAUUUCACAUGACUGGGCAGGGGCGCAGUUAAUCAGAAUGAGUUUUUCCCCACAAGGGGCUUUAUUACAGACAGAAAUAUUCCUCAGUUUCAACAGCUGUCCGGGUGGCUGGUCUCAGACGAUCCCACAGAUGAAGAAGCCGGACGUAGAGGUCCUUGGCUGGCAUGGUUACACGUGGUCUGCGGUUGUGAGGCCGGUUGGACAUACUGCCAAAUUCUUUAAAGAGACGUUGGAGGUGGCUUAUGGUAGAGAAAUUAAAAUUAAAUGAUCUGGCAACAGCUCCGGUGGACAUUCCUGCAGUCAGCAUGCCAAUUGCAUGCUCCCUCAAAACUUGAGACGUCUGUGGCAUUGUGUUGUGUGACAAAACUGCACAUUUUAGAGUGGCCUUUUAUUGUCCUCAGCACAAGGAGCACCUGUGUAAUGAUCAUGCUGUUUAAUCAGCUUCUUAAUAUGCCACACCUGUCAGAUGGAUGGAUUAUCUUGGCAAAGGAGAAAUGCUCACUAACAGGGAUGUAAACAAAUUUGUGCACAAAAUGUGAGUGAAAUAAGCUUUUUGUGUGUAUGGAACAUUUCUGGGAUCUUUUAUUUCAGCUCAUGAAACAUGGGACCAACACUUUACAUGUUGCGUUUAUAUUUUUGUUCAGUAUACUAUUAAAAUUCCUUUCCAAAUGUACUCUAUAGAGUCUGAACACUGGUAUUAUUUGGCCUUAACACUGCUAAUGUGAGCCUUUCUACUCUUAAAUAUGUGUGUGUCGUCUUUGCCCUUUCAGCAUACCAGUAUCAGUUGGCUCUGGAGCGCUUUGAGUGGAACGAGGUGAAGAAGGUCAAGUCCAUCGUUCCCAUGAUCCAUGUCUCCUGGAACGUAGCCCGCACUAUCAAGAUCACAGACCAAGAAACCUACAAGAUGGUCAAGUGUGUGUGUGUGUGUGGACGUGUUUAACUAUACUUGUGGGGACCAGAAGUCCCCACAAGAAUAGUAAACAAACAAACAUUUUACAAACUGGGGACAUUUUGUUAGUCCCCAUAAGGUAAAAUGCUAUUUCUAGGGGGUUUAGGGUUAAGGUUAGAAUUGGGGUUAGGGUUAGGAGCUAGGGUUAGUUUUAAGGUUAAGGUAAUGUUUUGCGGUAAGGGUUAGACUUAGGGUUAGGGAAAAUAGGAUUUUGAAUGGGACUGAAUUGGUUAGUUAUACAAGACUGUGUGUGCGCCUCGUCACCUAUCUAGUAUGCAUGUUUAUUUCUUGCUACACCUUAUCUCUCUCUCCUCUCUCUCCUCUCCUCUCCUCUCCUCUCCUCUCCUCUCCUCUCCUCUCUCAGGCAUUGUCUCCUGCAGUCCAUUAAGCACAUCCAGAUUCAGAGAGACCGGCUGGUUGCUGCAGGGAAGAAGAUCUCUUAUCAGAGCCGUGUGAAGGACGAACCAGCCUACUACUGCAAUGAGUGUGACGUAAGUCCCUCCCAACAGCCUGUGGAUAUAUGCCUGAAUCAGACCUGCUAUGAACUACCAUGACCCAAGUAUUUUACCAACAGAGUGUUGGUGUAUGGCUUUGGUUAUUUUCUACAGUGAUUGAUUGUGCUGUGUCUGUGUGCAGGUGGAGGUGUUUGAUCUGCUGUUUGUGACCAGUGAGUCUGGCAAUAGGAAGACCUAUAUGGUGCACUGUGAGGACUGUGCCGGGAAUGUCUCCAAGAGCCCCUCACUGGCAGGAGUUGUGGUGCUGGAGCAGUACCGCAUGGAGGAGCUGAUGAGAACCUACGACAGCCUCUGUGUGGUGAGAGAAACACACACACACAGUUUCUGUGUGCUGUGAGGUUAUGUCCACCUUAUUUACCCCCCUUUCUGUCUCUUUCAUUCUCUUCCUCUUUCUCUCUCCAGACUCCAUCACCCUGUUCCAAGUGA